AUGAGGGAGAUCACAAAUGGCCAAUUAAGCCUCGAAGAUGCGGCUAAAUGGCUUGCGAUGAAGGUCAAAUCAGUACUCAAGGAUCUUCAGGACGAUGAGGUGCUCUCUCAUCGUCACUACCCUCGUCUACCUCAGUCUGACGUCUUCAAAGCCCUGCGAAUGAAGGUCUCGAAUGAGGCACUCGCCUUACUUGAGAAGGAAUGGACGGAACUUAAUCAAUUCAUGAUGAGGGGAGAGCAAUUGAGCGAGAUUUGCGAGUGCCCGAUUCUCUACCAGUUCGGUAUUGCCUGCAGACAUCAUCUACUCUGGGCUUUUCUCGAAAAUUUACCUCUACCGAAAACUCUUCUGCACCCUCGUUGGUGGCUGUCAGGAUCGGAAAUCACGGAGCGUAAUUGGAAGCCAUUCUACCCUUCUAAGGCGCCUCAAGAAGAUCUGAGGUCGAACCAAGACGCUCAGCAGGCUCUACUACUCGCUGAAAUCAGAAAUCAGCUAAAUCCUGAGGAGCGCCAUCGUUACGAUGUUCAAAUAGCUCGUGGAGAGCAACAAAUUCGCGAAUUCCACAGGCAAGUCUUUAGGGAUCUUUCAAUGAUCGGUCAACAACACCUUGAAUUGCAGCAAAUACCCAUCGGCCAACCUGACCCUGUUGUGAGACGACGAAUCGUUCAAAAGGCCCCCCACGGACCUCGUGAAGCACGGGGCUUAACAGCGAACGAGAUUCUAGAACGUCAAGAGCGCCAGGAAAAGCGUCAAAGACGUCAAGAUGAACGCGCCGACGAGCGACGACAACAAGUUCAAUUGACGUCUACUUCCCGAGCCAGCAUAACAGUGACAGAGACAGCAAGACCGACAACACCUCCUCCGCCUCAGGUUACUCCUCUCUCACGACGUUUACCAAUUCGCACUCCAGACAGACCACGACCGCGUCGAUCUCCUACCCCUGAGGCCUCUCCGACAGUCAACGACGAGAUCUUCGAUCUACCAGCGUCUACGGCACCUCCAGCACUAGGAGGAGGUAGAGGAAAGAGAAGGCGCAACCACACGGCGAGAUACAAAGAGGCAAAGGAGCAAGGACUCAUACAAGAUUCACAAGAGGCUCACAGAGCAUCAGGAAGGCUCUGA